CUCACUCCCACACUCACUCAUUCUCUAUGUACCCAGACAACAGGAAGAAGAUAUAGUCAUACCAGACACGCGGGCAGAGUUGAACCACACAGGUCACGUGACGUGGAGCUACAUCAUCACCAUGAGGAGCACGUGUCUGCAACGUCUGCUGGGAUUUCCCAAUGACGAACAGAUUUGCCCUCUACAAUUUGGCUCCUGGACCAGCGACAUCCAAGCCUUGGACCUUUACAACAUGUCGUCUGCGGGCGAUAUCACCGGUACCGUACAGAACGAGGAGUGGGAACUGGUGUCCAUGAUAGCCGAACGGAACGUCGAACUGUACAGCUGUUGUCCACACCCUUACGUAGACGUGAUGUACUACAUCAAGAUAGUUCGCCGUCCCCUUUACUACUACUACUACUUCGUGUCGCCCUGCGUCAUCAUCAUGGUUUUGACUCUGGUGGGGUUUUGGCUGCCACCGGAUUGCGAGGAAAAGUUGUCGCUGAGUAUCACCAUGCUGCUCUCGGUCGUGUUUUACCUGCAACUUUUGGCCGAAAAACUUCCGCCGGAUUCACACGAUGUCCCUGUGCUUGGUCAAUUCUAUGCCGCCAUAUUGGUCAUUGUGGGACUCUCAGCUCUCGUGACGGCGGCAACCAUGAACUUCCACUUUCCCGAACCAGACAGAGAACCUGUUCCUGAUUGGUUGAGACGAAUAGCUCUCGGGAGUAGGCCAAGACCGACUCCCGGGUUGAUCUUGUAUCCCCGUGAUGACAUUGAAGAUGUCAUUCGUCGUGACAGCAUAGCUAGUCGUGACAGUGAAACCGGGGAAGCAACUGUCAAUCAAUAUGACGGACAGCACAGUUCAGCCAAUGGCCGGGUCACAAAAACGUCAUCAUCCAAUGGCAUCAAACAUCGCAAAAUGUUUUCCUAUCACCGAAUGACGGAGACGUACAUUGGUAGCGAGGUAACCAAUCGAGGACGACCUUUGCCGCCUUUAGUGAAGGACACAGGAAAGUCAUUACGUCAUUCACAGAAACGGAAGCGUAACAAGUCUCAGAGAAGGUCAGGAAAGCGCCUCAAGCGGGCGUUGGAAACAUUGCAGCACCGCCUGGACGUCAUGACAGAACUCUUCUGUGAAAUGGUUAGGAGAAAGAGGAGAAAAGAUUUGCAGACGGCGAUUCAGGCCGAAUGGAAACUGGUCGGCAUAUUUGCUGACAGGUGUCUAUUCGUACUUUUCUUGGUCGUUUGUAUAACAACACUGCCUCAGAUUCUGCUGCAACACUGAUUCGUUCGGAAAUUGUUACAUUAAAAACAGUCACGCCACUGUGUGGUGUGUAUGACGGCGCGCACGGCCUCUUCUAUGCCCUUUGGCCACACAGCUGUGCAAACAAUACAGCAAUAUUAGUCCAUUGGUACAUGUACAUGAGAGAGAGAGAAAAGACAGCACAUGUGACCAUCUUCCGACGAAACAAGCGGAUAAUAGAGAC